AUGCCGACCAUUCGAAGAGUUCAGCCGUCGGAUCUUUUCCAUCUCAACCUCUGCAACCUCGAUCCCUACACGGAAAACUAUGACCUGAACUUUUAUCUUUUGUAUCUGAUGAAAUGGCCAUCACUAUUUCAAUGUAUCGAAGAGCACGGCCAGAUUGUCGGCUACAUUAUCGGUAAAGUAGAGGAAUCUCCUCGUCAUUUCCAGGGCACACCACACUACUUACCCUGGCACGGCCACGUCACGGCGCUGUCUAUAGCACCGCAAUACCGUCGGCUGGGGUAUGGGAAGCUCUUGACUGAAUCGCUGGAGACGGCGUGCAAUCAGCAAGAAGCCUGGUUCGUGGACUUGUUCGUGAGAGCGAGCAACAAGAACGCCAUCAAAAUGUACGAGAGUAUGGGUUAUUCAACGUAUCGGACUGUGGUCAAGUAUUACUCCGACGACCCAACUGGAUUGUCGACUGAAGGAGAAGAUGCACUGGACAUGAGGAAACCUCUCGACAGAGACAAGGACAGGAAACAUGUGCGGGAGAAUGGAGCGAGUUUCAAGGUGGAUCCGGAAGAUGUCUUCUGA